AUGAAUCAAAAUCAGUCCGUCGAUAGCGAAACAACUUUAGGAGUCCGACAAAAUGCAAGCCCCUCAUCCGAAUCUAUUCCCGCCAGUGCCAGUUCAGCUUCCCGGUCGAACGCGUCAGAGAAUUUUGCUCCAAUACAAAGUGCAACUUCCAGGGGACCCGAUGGAUAUAGCGAAGGCGAAAAUUUGAAUGAUGCGCAGCUCGCUAAGACUUUAUCUCAACGACGCAGCUAUGCUUCUGGUCAUGAGGGCGAAGAAUGGGCGCAGAUCGAGCGACUUAUCUCGCGUAUGUUCGGACACGAGCGGAAGGCUAAUUCAGAAGAAGAGAAGACUCGACACGCUGGAGUCGUGUGGAAAAAUCUCACAGUGAAGGGCUUGGGCCUGGGGGCAGCUCUCCAACCCACCAAUGGGGAUAUAUUUCUUGGCCUACCAAGACUUAUCAAGAGACGGUUGACCCGCGGGAGGAAAGGUGCUGGAGCUGGUAAGCCAGAGAUACGGACUAUCUUAAACGAUUUCACGGGUUGCGUGCGCCCUGGCGAGAUGCUCCUUGUUCUAGGCCGGCCCGGGUCAGGAUGUUCAACCUUCCUGAAAGCGAUUGGAAACCAAAGAUAUGGCUAUGAAAGCAUCGAUGGGGAUGUGAGAUACGGAGGAACCGAUUCUGUGACUAUGGAGAAAAACUAUCGCUCAGAAGUCUCCUACAACCCCGAGGACGAUCUUCACUAUGCCACGUUGACUGUGAGAGAUACUUUGCUGUUUGCUCUUAAGACCCGAACUCCGGAUCAGCAGUCGCGUAUUCCUGGAGAAAGUCGAAAGGAUUACCAGCAGACAUUUCUUACCGCAAUCGCCAAGCUGUUCUGGAUAGAGCAUGCGCUGGGAACCAGAAUUGGAAAUGAGCUGAUACGUGGAAUUUCCGGCGGAGAGAAAAAGCGCGUGUCAAUUGGUGAAGCAAUGGUGACGAAAGCUAGUACGCAGUGUUGGGAUAAUUCGACCAGGGGUCUUGAUGCAAGCACAGCACUCGAGUACGUCCAGAGCUUGAGAAGUCUUACCAACACGGCCCAUGUAUCAACACUGGUAGCACUCUAUCAAGCCUCCGAGAAUCUCUUCAAUCUGUUCGAUAAGGUGAUUCUCAUAGAAGAUGGAAAGUGCGCGUUCUUCGGUCGUUCUGAGGAUGCGAAGGCCUACUUUGAAAAUUUGGGUUUCGAGUGUCCGUCACGAUGGACAACCCCCGAUUUCUUGACAUCAGUCAGUGAUACCAACGCAAGGAAAGUUAAGCCAGGAUGGGAAGAUCGAAUCCCGCGAACUGCCGAUGAGUUUCAGGUAGCCUAUCGACAAAGUGAUGUUUUCAAAGCGACGCUCACGGACAUCGAAAAAUUUGAGGGUGAGAUAGAAGCCGAAGAGCAUGAGAAAGAAGCUGCCAGGAGCAAAAUGCCCAAGAGGAAUUAUACUGUUCCUUUCUGGAAACAGGUGGCAAUCCUUACCCACCGACAGUUUCUAGUUAUGUUCGGUGAUAGGGCCGCUCUGGCUGGGAAAUGGGGAGUCGUCGUUUUCCAGUCUCUCAUUGUAGGGAGCUUGUUCUACAAUCUUCCUGAUACAAGCUCUGGAGUCUUCACACGAGGAGGUGUCAUGUUUUUUGUCCUUUUGUUCAACGCUCUACUCGCGAUGGCUGAACUCACAGCUGCAUUUGAAAGCCGACCUAUUCUGAUGAAACACAAAAGCUUCUCUUUCUACCGACCGGCGGCAUACGCUCUGGCGCAAGUCGUCGUGGACGUCCCUUUGGUAUUUAUCCAAGUGGUGCUGUUUGACAUUAUCGUAUACUUUAUGUCGAACCUUGCACGGACAGCUUCACAAUUUUUCAUCAACCUGCUCUUCAUUUUCAUACUUACGAUGACCAUGUAUUCUUUCUUCCGUGCACUCGGAGCUCUGUGCGCGUCAUUGGAUAUUGCUACUCGGCUUACUGGAGUUGCAAUCCAAGCACUCGUUGUUUACACUGGAUACCUGAUUCCUCCAUGGAAGAUGCAUCCAUGGCUGAAGUGGCUUAUUUGGAUUAAUCCGGUUCAAUACGCAUUCGAGGCGUUGAUGGCCAAUGAGUUCCAUAACCUUGGGAUAAAAUGUGAACCGCCGUAUAUUGUCCCUGACGGGCCGAACACGUCCUCGUCUCACCAAAGCUGCGCGAUUCAAGGUAGCAGCCCGGACACACUGAUUGUACAAGGAUCGGACUAUAUCAAAACCGCCUACACUUACUCUCGGUCCCACCUGUGGCGAAAUUUCGGUAUCAUCAUAGGUUGGUUCCUCUUUUUCGUCUCUUUGACCAUGCUUGGAAUGGAAAUCCAAAAGCCCAACAAGGGCGGAAGCUCUGUCACGGUGUUCAAGAGGGGCGAGGCACCGAAAGCAAUUCAAGAAGCAAUAGAACACACUGGACCACCAGCGGAUAUAGAGUCGACCGAGAAAGGUGGUUCGGCUUCUGACAUGAAGGAUGGAGAGGCCAAUCGAAAGGUUCAGCAUAUCGCGGAAAACACAUCAAUCUUCACAUGGCAGAACGUGAAUUAUACCAUUCCUUACAAAGGCGGACAGCGGAAGUUACUACAGGAUGUUCAUGGUUACGUCAAGCCUGGUCGACUCACGGCGUUGAUGGGUGCAUCUGGUGCAGGAAAAACUACGCUUCUCAAUGCACUAGCCCAGCGAAUCAACUUCGGCGUCAUUAACGGGACCUUUCUGGUCGAUGGAAGACCCCUUCCAAGAAGCUUCCAGAGAGCGACCGGGUUUGCCGAGCAGAUGGACAUACAUGAACCCACAGCCACGGUCCGCGAGUCUUUACGAUUUUCGGCCCUUUUGCGACAGCCAAAAGAGGUUCCCUUGCAAGAAAAGUAUGAUUAUUGCGAGAAAGUCAUUGAUCUUUUGGAGAUGCGUCCAAUUGCCGGCGCUACCGUGGGAUCUGGUAAUUCAGGGUUGAACCAAGAACAGCGGAAGCGCCUCACCAUUGCAGUAGAGCUGGCUAGUAAACCAGAGUUAUUGCUCUUCCUGGACGAGCCAACUUCUGGCCUCGACUCACUAGCGGCGUUCAAUAUUGUCCGUUUCCUCCGGCGAUUAGCCGAUGCGGGUCAGGCAGUUCUCUGUACCAUUCAUCAACCGUCUGCCGUUCUAUUCGAACAAUUUGACGAACUGCUUCUGCUCCAGAGUGGAGGACGGGUCGUAUAUAACGGUGAUCUUGGGCACGAUUCCAAGACAAUGAUUGAUUACUUCGAGCGCAAUGGGGGGAAGAAAUGCUCGCCAAGUGCGAAUCCGGCGGAGUAUAUGCUUGAAGUGAUUGGUGCCGGAAACCCCGAGUACAAAGGGCAGGACUGGGGAAAUGUGUGGGCCGAUUCCCCUGAAUCCACACAACUUUCCGAGGAACUGGAGAACAUCAUCAGUUCUCGUCGCAACACGCCGCAGGAUGAGGCAACCAAAGACGACCGUGAAUUUGCUAUGCCGCUGUACGUUCAGAUAGCUGCAGUGACGAAGCGUGCCUUCGUGGCUUACUGGAGGCUUCCUGAUUAUAUUCUUGGCAAAUUCAUGCUCCACAUCUUCACGGGCCUAUUCAAUACCUUUACAUUCUGGCAUCUUGGCAACAGCUACAUUGACAUGCAAUCAAGGCUCUUCUCCAUUUUUAUGACUCUGACCAUUUCACCACCUUUGAUUCAACAACUGCAGCCACGCUACCUGCAUUUUCGAGGGAUCUACGAGUCACGCGAGUCUAACUCUAAGAUAUACUCGUGGGUUGCAUUUGUAGUAAGCACGAUUCUACCAGAACUGCCGUAUUCCAUCGUUGCUGGAUCAAUCUAUUUCAAUUGCUGGUACUGGGGAGUAUGGUUUCCCCGCAACUCCUUCAGCUCAGGUUACGCCUGGAUGCUUCUGAUGGUCUUUGAAUGCUAUUACAUUGGAUUUGGACAGUUCAUCGCGGCUUUUGCGCCGAACGAACUGUUCGCAUCAUUGCUCAUUCCUUCCUUCUUUACCUUUGUCGUUUCCUUCUGCGGCGUCGUUGUUCCGUAUGCUGCUCUGCCACACUUUUGGCAAUCGUGGAUGUACUGGCUCACUCCAUUCCACUACCUGUUGGAGGGAUUUUUGGGCGUUUUUACCCAUCAAGUUCCCGUUCGCUGCGUUGAACGAGAAGAGGCUCAUUUUAGUCCACCGCCUGGCUUAACUUGCCAAGAAUAUGCCGGUCCAUAUGCGCAAAAAUCCGGUGGCUAUGUCCGAGAUGCUGCUAAUGGUCUAUGUGCCUUCUGCCAAUACUCCACAGGAGAUCAGUUUGCCGCCAGUUUCAACGUCUUCUACUCUCAUAAGUGGAGAAAUUACGGGAUCUUUUGGGCUUUUGUCAUCUUCAACUUUGCCGUUGUUUUCCUGUUUUCCUGGAUGUAUCUUCAUGGUGCUCGUGAUCUAAAGCGUUGGCUCAGUGAGCGCAAGACAAGGAAGGGCAAAAAUGUCCCAGUUUGA